CACAUCUGGAUGAAUUUUAGACGUAUUUUAUCGAAGAGUUCUUCGAGGUCGUCAGUAACCUCUUUAAAGAGCGCGAGUGUGUCUAGCAACAGUGAAGUACUGAAGUUACAGAGUGAAAUAGAAUCCCUGAAACAAACUGUAGAAGCUUUGAAAGUUUCAGUAGAAAGUAGAGACGCUGCUAUUGGAACUUUAGCACGCGAAAAAGAAAAAUUGUACGUUGAACUUAAAUGUGCUCAAAGGACGAAUAGAAAUUUGCACCAGCAACUUGCGGAUGAAAGGGAUAUUCACGCUAAAGAAAAAGAUUUUUUUGUUGAAGAAGUUAAACGCCUCACCAACAAGAACGACUUUGAAUUUAAUUUGAAUCAAGAUGGUCCCAGCGACUGCGCCAUUGCUUCUCUAAAAGAACAUAUAAGAACGAAAGAUGAAGUUAUUUGUAAUAUUUGUACAAAAUAUUUCAAAAUGAAAACUUCCAAACAAUCAUUGCAAAAGAAAUUAGAGUUAUUGGAGUUACAAACUCAGAAGGUUUGUGAAAAUAUUGUUGGUCUCUUGCAAGAGAACAAAAGAUCGAUUGACAGUUUAUUAAGCAGACUAAUAACAGCAUCAGAUACUGUAACAGAUAGCUGUAAAAAGUAUUUUAAGAUAUUGAAAAUUAACGCAAAUUUACAUUAUGAAAAUACACAACUUAAAAUUAAACUCUCUCAAAAAAAGUUGCACAAUUUGUUGAGUGUAAGGUGUGAGCCAGAGACGGAUUGCACGCAAACAGAGUCUUCUAGUCGUACUAAACAUCUAAAGUUAAAGGAAACAAUGACAACUAACAAUCUCAAAAAGAAAAUACUGGUUCUCCAGUGUGUAGGCAUAUAG